AAAAGCAAAAUUUUAACCAAUUUUAUUGUGCAGACCAGAAUAGCGGAAAAACACGGCGGAGACGAGACAGAAGGCUAAGGAGGAGAAAAUGAAGGCGUUGGGAUGGUGGCUGAUGCUAGUAGCUUCUCUUCGAUUAGCUUCCGUAUGGUUCGGUUUCUUCGACAUUUGGGCUCUUAGGCUCGGUGUCUUCUCCAAGACCACCAUGACUGAAGUUCAUGGGAGGACAUUUGGAGUUUGGACCCUUUUGACUUGCACUCUUUGCGUUCUUUGCGCAUUCAACCUUGAUAAUAAGCCACUUUAUUUAGCUACCUUUUUGUCUUUCAUCUAUGCAUUCGGGCACUUCUUGACUGAAUACCUAAUAUAUCAAACAAUGUCCAUUGGAAAUUUGACGAGUAUAGGCAUCUUUGCAGGUACGUCAAUAGUUUGGAUGAUGAUUCAGUGGAAUUCACAUCAAAAGAGUCACACCAAGCAUUCUUGAAAAUUAAAUGAUGAAAUGCCAAGUGCCCAGUUCUCCUUUGCUGCUGAUUAAUGAUUCCAAAGGAUAUUCUUUUCCAUAUCUAGCUUCUGACAUAUAUUUUGUUGUAUUGCAUUUCCUUGCACUCAAAGGGAUAAAGGUUUCAGUCUGCUGGCUAACUAAGCAAAUUAUUUGGAUUUUAUCUGAAGUUUAGAACCUAAUAUUCCUCUUUAC